AUGAUCCCCGGAGAGUAUGGCUACAGCACGGUGGCUGUCCUGCUCAUCACGAUCGGCUCCAUGUUCGGCAUCUGCCUCAUCUUCUUCAACUCCUGCCAGGAGACAUUCACGCUGGUCCUGCAGCUGUUUGUGGGCUUGGCCGUGGGAACCCUCUCAGGAGAUGCUCUGCUGCACCUCAUCCCACAGAUCCUUGGCCUCCAUGACAGCACGCACAGUCACAGUGACGAACACUUUCCAGAAGAAAAGGGAUACCUGUGGAAGAUCUUGGGCCUGAUUGCUGGGAUUUAUGGAUUUUUCCUCAUUGAAAAGAUAUUCUCGUUCGUCGUCCCAUCACACAGUCAUGGUCACUCUGGGGAGCUCCCCUCAGAGAUGAACUGCAACAGCCAGUCCCAGCGGGGGAAGUCCAUCUCCACCAUCCAGCUGCUCUUAUACAACCGGGAACGAGGAGAGGUGUGGGAGGAGGUAAAGAAACAGAGCGUGUAG